CCGCGCGCUCCUUGUUGUCAGCUGCUCGCGCGAGCGCUCCCCGCCCUCGGCGCGCGCGCCCUGUCAGCGUCUCGCGCGCCGUCUCUCAGUCCGCCGGCGGCUCCGCUACGCGACGGCGGGUUCCCGCUUCCGUCCCCGCGCCCGGCCGUCCGUCCGUUCUCCUCGCCCCGGCGUCUCCCCGCGCCCUGCAGCCUCGGCCGCGGCAGCUCGGGUCCCGCCAGCGGUGCCGGCACACGGAGAAUGAACUAGGCUUCAAAAUGAAAGUGAGGAAGAAGAGUCCUGGAGAGUAUUAAUUUGAACAGUAAUUACUGUUGCUGUUAUGGAGUGAUGUGCAGAAGCUGGUAGAAGAGAAGAUCUGUUGAAGAACUUCGGCACCAGCAAGAAUGAAAGGAUCAAAUACUAGCUAAAGGUUGCCUGUUCCCCUGCCACUCUGUUCCUCACCCAAGGAUGGGAGCUCAUCAGUUUGAAGAGAUAUACAUGCAGAAGGAUUUGGAGCUUUCAUGGUUGAGGACUGCUAAAGUAAAGUGGCCAUGAAAAAGACAAAUCCAGUCCUGGGAUGCAUCAGACAGAGGAAGUCCAAGAGAGAAAAGCAAGUAUUUGUUUCAUGCAAGAUACUGGCAACAUCUUGUGUGUUGUGCAUACAACUCUGGUUCCAUGUAUUAUGAAAAGACUUAAUCUGAAUGAGAGCUUGUCCAAGAUACGGAAAAUUUAAUAUAAUCCAAGAACAAUACAAUGUUAAUUCUUUAUACGUACAACUCCAUAAGGAUCUUCACUAAGGAGUUGCAGUGAGACAAACACUGAGAACAAUUUUUCUCCAGUACAAUGUGGUGAAGUGGAGGAACUGACGUUGUCCACUUCUGUACAGGCUAAGGACUUAAAAUGUGUGUUGCUUUGUGAACAGAAGCAGUUCUGGAGUGAACUGAGCAUCUGAAAAUGCGGCCAUGGACUGGUUCCUGGCGUUGGAUUAUGCUCAUCCUCUUUGCUUGGGGAACUUUACUCUUCUAUAUUGGUGGACACCUGGUACGAGACAGUGAGCACCCAGAUCAUUCUAGUCGCGAAUUAUCCAAGAUACUUGCUAAACUUGAACGUUUAAAGCAACAAAAUGAAGACUUAAGGCGGAUGGCAGAAUCGCUCAGGAUACCAGAUGGACCCAUUGAUCAGGGACCAGCUGCAGGAAAAAUGCAUGCUUUAGAGGAGCAACUUUUAAAGGCCAAAGAACAGAUAGAGAACUAUAAGAAGCAGACAGGAGAUGGAGGCCUUGGAAAAGAUCAUGAAAUACUGAGGAGAAGGAUUGAAAAUGGGGCUAAAGAACUUUGGUUUUUCCUCCAGAGUGAAUUAAAGAAGUUAAAAAAUUUAGAAGGAAGUGAACUGCAAAGGCGCAUAGAUGAAUUUCUGUCUGAUUUGGGGCAUCAGGAAAGGUCAAUAAUGACAGACUUGUACUACCUCAGUCAAACAGAUGGAGCAGGAGAUUGGCGAGAAAAAGAGGCCAAAGACCUAACGGAUCUGGUGCAGAGGAGAAUAACUUACUUACAGAACCCGAAGGACUGCAGCAAAGCUAAGAAGCUUGUCUGUAAUAUUAACAAAGGCUGUGGUUACGGUUGUCAGCUUCAUCAUGUAGUCUACUGCUUCAUGAUUGCUUAUGGCACUCAGCGAACGCUCAUUUUAGAGUCUCAGAAUUGGCGCUAUGCUACUGGUGGCUGGGAGACUGUAUUUAGACCUGUAAGUGAGACAUGUACUGACAGAUCUGGUACAACAACUGGACACUGGUCAGGUGAGGCAAAUGAUAAGGAUGUACAGGUGGUGGAACUUCCCAUUGUUGACAGCUUACAUCCACGGCCACCUUAUUUACCAUUGGCUGUCCCUGAAGACCUGGCUGAUAGGCUAAUUCGUGUACAUGGGGAUCCUGCAGUAUGGUGGGUCUCACAGUUUGUCAAAUACUUGAUUCGUCCACAGCCUUGGCUGGAAAAAGAAAUAGAGGAAGCCACAAGGAAACUUGGUUUCAAACAUCCAGUGAUUGGUGUUCAUGUUCGAAGGACAGACAAAGUAGGAACAGAGGCAGCAUUUCAUCCCAUCGAGGAAUAUAUGGUGCAUGUUGAAGAGCGGUUUGAACUUCUUGCUCGUAGAAUGCAUGUUGAUAAGAAGAGAGUGUAUUUGGCUACAGAUGACCCUUCAUUACUGCAAGAGGCCAAAUCCAAGUAUCCAAAUUAUGAAUUUAUCAGUGAUAACUCCAUAUCUUGGUCAGCGGGACUUCAUAAUCGAUACACUGAAAACUCCCUAAGAGGUGUUAUUCUGGAUAUCCACUUUUUGUCCCAGGCAGACUUCCUGGUCUGUACAUUUUCAUCCCAGGUUUGUCGAGUCGCCUAUGAAAUUAUGCAGACAUUGCAUCCAGAUGCUUCAGCAUAUUUCCAUUCUUUGGAUGAUAUCUACUACUUUGGGGGACAGAAUGCACAUAACCAGAUUGCUGUUUAUGCUCAUCAUCCACGAACUGCUGAUGAAAUUCCUAUGGAACCUGGAGAUAUAAUUGGAGUAGCUGGAAAUCACUGGGAUGGUUAUUCAAAAGGCAUCAAUAGGAAAUUAGGAAAAACAGGCCUGUACCCGUCCUAUAAAGUUAAGGAGAAAAUUGAGACAGUCAAAUACCCUACAUACCCAGAGGCUGAAAAGUAGAAUAAAAGGAAGACAUUUGGCAGUAACUUUCACUUCUUUGACUCAAAUCAGUCAACAUACUAAUGGUUUAUAUGGGAUUUGAAUUUGCAUUUUAACAUGCAUUUAAAAUCAAAGCCUUUGGUAAUGAAACUGGAUAAGAAACUGAGAACAAAUGGAUGGGCUAUUAUCUGAACUCACUCCUAAACAUUUUUUGUUAUAUGCACUCUCACAUGUACACACACAAACACAUACAGCAGGAAAACUGUUGUUUUAUACUUUUUGUCUCUUCAAGAUUUGUCCCAGUCAGUAGUCUUAUGUGAGCUUCGAGCUCUUUUUUCUGCCAUUAUUUGACAAUAAUGCUCAGACUUACAACACUGCCAUAUUGUGUAAUUCGAGUAACAUGAACAUAUUUUGUAUGUGCAAAAUUUAAAACAUGGUGCCUAUAUUUGAAAGAUUUGUGACAUUUUUAAAAGAGCCAUGCCUAUUUCACUAAUGAGCAAGAGUCAAUUUUCAGCUGUUACCAUGACCACUGAAUUUGCUUCGAAGAGAUUCAAAUUUCAGACUAGAUUUCUUUACAAGUUUAUUUUUAGCAUUCCAUUGAUUACUUCUCAUGAUUAAUAAAAUAAAGGAUACAUCCAACAAUGAAAUAGUCACUGUCUGUUAGGAACUUUUGUAAAACAAUGCCAUAAACAAAUUUGCCAGUUCUGAAUGUUUUUGGACAUUGCUUUUGAUGUGAAAUGGAAAAAAAAAAAAAAACAGGGAAGGAAAAAGUAGCGGAGCUGGAGUUUCAUUGAAUGUACACACACUUAAAAUGACAACAGCUGGUGGCAGAGUGGUUCUCAGUUCUGUGGACAGUGGGUUUCAGCAGGAUGUCUUCAGUGGCUUAUUUUCUCACAUCUGCUUUCAUGCAUUUUCUUUUACCCUCUGUGUUUCUCUUUUGAAAGUAUUUUUUUAGGGUAUUAUAGAUAGCUAUUUAUAAUUUUGGCAUUGAAUCUAAUUGAUUCGAAGCAAAAAUACUGCAGGUCUCCUAUUUUUAGAUCCCUUCAAUUCAUAUAUAAUUUCAGAAGGAAUAUAGGCUUUAUUCACUGUAUUGGUACUAAAAAAAAAAAUCUGACAAUUUACCCAGAAAAUAGUAGGUUCCAGUGAAAUAUACACAAGGAUACAUUUUCAUGCAUGAUAUUAAGUUGUUAGUAAUAAUUAGUGUUUUGAGAUCUGCUGCUAGUCUAUACAGAAAAAAGAAUUUAACAAUUUUACAAACAGAUUUGCAGAUUUGAGGGUUGUGUGUGUGUAUAUAAAUGUACAAGAUAUUAAGGGAGUAUUUCCAAUUAAGAAUAAUAUUAAUAGCAUUGUACAGGUUCUAGUGCUGUCAGAAUUGGAAUACUGGAAGUAAAGAAAAUCUUUGCUCUGCAGACACUGAGAAAAUGCCACAUGAGUAAAUGUUUAAAUAAGUAUAUGUGGCUUUUAAAAGCUAAAAGUUAAGAAGAUAUUUAAUUAUAUUUAUGAAUAUAUCAAGAACAGUUUUGACACAAGAACAAAAAGAUGCACUUGUUCAUGAAUAAUUUCUACUAUGAAGUAGAAGGAAAUCCCUGGAGCUGUGAAGUUUAGCAAUAGUUUUCUAAUUGAAAUAGUGAUGAUUUAGGUGGAAUAUGGUUGGUAUAUAAUGGAAUUAACUAAUUAGUUUUCUGUGGCAUUAUUUGCAGGACAGAUCCCGUAGAUUCCUUGCAGUUAUGUGUUCCUCAAGUGAAAAGCUAUUAUGUCUUGAAAAAGAACAACAAAAUCAAAACUGCUGUGGAGAAAAAAGAUAAGUUACCUGCUACUAGUAUUAAAUAGAAAUCUCAGUAAAAAUUAGAGUAGAUAUCAAAUAUUUUUAAUGAUAACUGAAGAGUAAAGGCAAAUGAAUAAAAGAAUGGGCAAUAAAUGCUAAAGUUGAUGAAUACUUGUGAUUAAAGCUGACUCAAGUUAAUUAGUAUUUCUAUAUUUUUAAAAGAACUGAGGAAGCUGUUUGGUGUUAGAUUCUCAUCUAAGUGAUUCUGGCAAAUUUUCCACCAGCUUAAGCCAAACUUGUGCUAUUUUGGAGGCAUAAAUGAAAGGUAAUUUACAACUUUUCUUUAAAUUUGUAUGGUACAUAUAAAGCUGCUAUUAUUAUUAUUAUUUUUAACUUGAAAAUAUUCAAAGCCAAAAAAGUUUCUUCCUCAAUGAUUAAAUCAAUGCAUUUUAUCUUUGGGAAAUGUAAUUUUUAACUCUUUCCACACAAAUAUUGCAUUAUCUGGUUGAUAUUUUUAGGUUUGAGAAUAUUUUGUUUUUGAAGCUCUUUAUUUACAGCUUCAGACAUUGUAAUGCCAAGCUCAUUUCUUUGAGAGUGACACAGAAGUAGUAUUCAUAAAUGAAUUAACACAUGAACAAGUCCUCUGUAGUCAGGUAAGUUGAUUGGAAAUAUCACUAAAAAGGAUUAUGGAAUGUUUAAGAUGAACCUAAAGGCAGGAAAAUCUCUUCUGAUGAAGCAACCGUAGAACUGAAAACGCUGAUGCUGUGGAGUAAAUACCCAUAUAAUUUGGCAAUUGCUUAACUAAUUGUAAAGCUGACAAAAUAUUGGCAAGGUGCCUGUGUGUCCUUAGAUAUUCCAAGUACCUAAUAAAUAAUUCUCGUAUUGUCUUCGAUAAAAAUGGUUGUUAAAUCAUAUGAAAUUAUAAAAUCAUUGUUAAUAAUUAAGAAAUGUUUUAAUGUAGAUGCUGUGACCUUAUUCCAUUGGAUCUUAUGAUUCUUUAUUGCUUACAGUGUAGUGCUUCUCAAAGGAAACAUCUCAGCAGUAGGCUGUUUGCUAGAUCUGUCUCUAGAGAUGUUUUCCUAAAGACUGAGUCAGUUAUGUCCUAGGAUCCUGGGACCUUGGAAUGUUAAGUGAUUCUUAGUUACAGUGAAGUCAAGGUAGUAUGGAAAGAGGGAUCUAUGGGUAAAUGAAAUUGAGACCUCCAAAUUUUUGUUGUAGCUAACCAAAAAAUGAAGAAACAGGAAUAAAAAAUGCUUACAUACCUGAAAGAAUGCUGAAUUUUUGAAAGUUUUAAACUCAUUAAGGUACUGUCCAGAAUGCUUGCAAGCAGGCAUUUAUACUCCUUGUUUGUUUCAUUCACUUUGUAGCUCUGCAACAAUUUUUGCCUCAUACCAAACUACCAAGUCCUUAUAGUCUCUCAAGCAAGAUAAUAUUUAAUUAAUUUUUUUCUCUUUAAGAAGCAUUUGUGCAUGUAUGAGUGUGUGUGUUGUAUUCAUAAAGAAAAACAAACAAGAAACAAUACUGUUUCCUUCUUUGUUAAUUUAUAGUUGUUAUGUUCUUUGUAAUAACUUAUUUUCUAGGUAAACGUAUUCUCUGUAUACAGAAUAUUCUAAUUCUCACUAGCUUGGCUAAGUAAUAUAUUCUGAGUCAUUCAGUUAACUAGUCUUCUAUGACCAUGGUGCACCUGUCACCUAGGAUCAUAGUCAGUUUGCUGCUGCAAUUACACCAAACUGCAUUCUGUUCUCAGUUUUGAGUCCAGCCCGCAGUCACUCGCAUGGAAUUCCCAAACUUCCUCUACCAACAUGCUCUCCUGGUGAACUGCAAAGUGUUAUGGAUUUGUUCAUGAAGGAUGAUGUUUUGUUUCAAAAUCUUACAGUAUUUUUCUUCAGAGAAAUGUUUUGUCUACCCCUUCUGCCACUGGACUUGAAGGAGACUUGUGAUUAUCAGAAAGAUUUAUCUUCUUUACUAAUUUUUCAGAAAAGAGAACUGAUUGUACUACUUUUGUGGAGAGAGAUUCAUAAUCUGAAAGAUUCCUACAAAACCGAAACAUGUUUUGUUUUCACGAUGGAUUUUUAUGUUUCUUUAGUUAGCAGUUAAAAGAUGCAAGUAUCAGCUUCUGAGGUAGGAUCAUAAUAUAAAAAAUAGAAAGUUUUCAUUACAAAUUCUCCUUGCUAAAGGGAGGAUGAUUUUCCUUUAUGCCAAUGGAGUAGCACCUACAAUUUGGAACUUCUUCAAAAUAGUGAAAUGAACUUCUGUUUUUUCAUCUCGAAGGAUUCUUUGCAAUAUAAUCUCUCAAAUGUUUGAAGAAUCCAGGUGAAAAGCCUUUGCUUAGUUUGUGAGGUGGGAAUGAGAAAGUCUAAUACAACCUGAUAUUUUAUACUUCUAAGUUGCUGGAUACAUUUUAUAAAGCCACAGGAUACAAAUAAACCUUUCAGAGGUUAACGAUCUCUGCCAGCAGAUCCUAGCCAGAAAUACUUAAAAUUUGCAGUCCCUUUUUUGAUUUUGCCUAAUACAAGUCUUAGUCAUGUUUAUAAACAUCACACUGGUUGUGUUCUGGUCAUUGGUUGUUACUUAUUUGUUGUUUUGUUGAUGAAGACUUCCUGGAAUGCUGUCAAAGGACUUAAAUUUUAUUUGGUUUACAUAUUUUGUUGAAUUUAAAUUACAUUUAAAACUCACAAAAAUUCUAUUUGCUGAAGCCACCACUAGAAUUCUUUUCAAAGGCUGCAGACUUAUGUCAAGGGGCACGUUAUGUACUGCAGGUUUUUAGGGAGUAAGACUGAAGAAAAAAAAAGUCAUGUCUAAAUGUCAACCACAAACAAGUUGGGCUAGAAUUCGUAGUAUUCUGUUCAUUUCCAAAGGUAUGAAAGGUGACAUUGCAAGAGACAAGUAAGAGGAUAGUAUAAAAUUUCCAAGCCUGCGAAAAAUUGCAAGUGUCUGCCUGCAUCACUGGUUGCAUUUGUUGUUUACAAGAUUUUUUUCAGAAUCAAAGUAUAUGAGGCAGAGGUCUUUCAGAAAUACGACAGGAAUCUGAGAAUCCCUGCCACAAUGUGGUUGCAAUAAAAAAUGGUCUUUACCACUGUUGGUACUUUGUACAAGUACCUAAUGAUGCUUGCUGUUCAGUGGAACCUUUAUUUUGCGUGUUUAUUUCAUUUAACGCAACUUACUUGUUGACAGAAUCCUAUUGCCACUUCAGUUGAAACAAGUUUGGAUUACAUAAAGGUGUACCAAUUAUUUGCACCAAAGUAUCUUUUACAGUUUCUUAAAAUUAUUUCCACGCUCUUAGACUGACUCCUAAGGAGAUGCUAGUGAGGAAAGGAUCUCUCUCUGCUGACCUAAACAGUUCUAUUACAUAUAAUUGCUGACACAUACAAAUUUUACUUUUGAUUUUGCAUGAUUUUUCACCUUUUUUUACAGAUUAAAAAAUAUGUAUUUUUAAUUUUAGUGUAUUUAUGAAUUGUUUUAUUGAUUGUGGUGAGAUAAAGUCCCAACUAUCCCAUGCUUUGUUGAAUAAAUCUAUCAGCCCAUUUCCUCUAAUUGUCCAGAAGACAUCUGUCAGUCUCAGCAUUCUAAUAGAACCUUCUAGAUUGUUAUUUCCUGAAGACUAUAAGUUUUUUAUGCUGUUCCGCUGACCCUGCUGACUGCUGACUACUUGCAUCUGAGCCUGAUCUGCAUAGUUCUGUAUGAACCUUUAUCAAACCUUUCUGCUUAAUGUAUUUUGAUUUUUUUUUUUUUUGCUAAUGGUUAAUGAUCAAUACUUAACUGGAAAGGCAAGGGACAGUAAGUGUGAAAAUGUAAUUUUUUAUUUCUUCCACUUUUUGUUUUGGUGGUUUUGUUUAUUUAGUUGCAAAAUGCAUUUCAAUCAGAAGAGAAUACUUGCUACUCAUGCCAUGACAAAUUUCUUGACCAGAUGAAGGAUGUCUUCACAUAGCGUUCUCGAUCCAUUUAUUUUUUUAAUUUGUCCAGCACUUCUAAUACACUAACACUUGCAGUUUAUACAAGCGAUAGGGACAUAAUCUGAAUGCAGUCAGAAUGCACUGUAAGAAUCAGGUCAUUUUCUUUAGUCUUAAAAUCCUUUCUUUUAGCGUCAUCUUAGUCUUCCUGCUCUUUCUUUGGCAUAUGUUCUCCUAUAAUAGAGCUGCACAAUUCUCAAUUACUUGACUCAAAGUAGAGCCGCAAGAUUAUUACAUACUUAUCCAUGAGAAUGCAAUGAAUGUGGAGACUACUGUCCAUUUCAGCUGUCUGCAAAAGAUCUGACUCUGAAAGAAGCCAAGUGUGUUUGCUGAAGUCUUUCCAAAAUUGCAGCCUGGAGGUGUGGAAAGAGACCAAAAACCAGGACAUCCUACUUAUUUCUUCUUAAAUAGAAGGAAUCUGACAUCUGUUACGUCCAGCCAAAUGCUGGAAAGAAAUGACAAGUUGCCACACUGCUUUGACUUAGUUUUGGAGAGUGAUCUGUGAUGAAUUUAUAAUUUUAAAUUGUCGGUCUCUUUGUAACAUCUAUAAAACUUGAUUUGAUUUCACUUGAGAAUAAAAUUGUUAUACUGAAGGAAUAAA